UGCGCGUUCAAGGGAGAAAAAAAAUCUCUCGCGCUGCGGAGUCUGCGCAGUUCCGUUGUUCUCGUCACUCCGAACUUUCGGGAGAAUCACACGGAGGAAGGAGGGGAGGGAGAGAACAACGCCAUUUUUCCUGGCCCUUGCAGUCAGACUGCUGUCUGUAGUCCACACUGGCAGGUGGAUCAGGACCAGACGGUCCUGGAGGGAGACCAAAUUGGACUCAGUAGCAAACUGAGUGGCAGUGGGCCAUCAGACGAAGAGGAGGAGGCGCGUGGGACGAGUGGGAGGUGCUGCCAUGUCGGCCUCGUGGCGCGAGGAUGAUGAGGAGUUUAGGGCGGGAGGAGUAAGAGGAGGGUUGAAAGCCAAACCGAGAUUCUCCUUCACUGAGGUCAAACUGCUGCUGGAGGCUGUGAAGAGGAACAGAUACAUCAUCCUCAGGAAGUUUAACCAGGGUGUGUCGGCUGAAACCAAGAAACAGACGUGGGCUGAAAUCACCAAUCAGAUCAACGGCCUUGGAGAGAAUCACAGAGAGGUGCGUCAGAUCAUGAAGAAGUGGGCCGACCUCAAAUGUGAUGGAAAGCGACGUAUCAUAGCCCUCCGUGGCCCCAACGGCAGCAACCUGAGGAAGAAGAACUUGGGCCCUGUGGAGAGGAUGGUUCAUAAGAUACUGAUGAUGAGUCCCAGAGGAGAUGGCGAGAGUGAGCCGGAGUUCGGAGAAGAUGAAGAAUUUUCAAAGCUUUACAGUAAAGGCGCAGCGUCCAACCCCGGAUCCUACUCCUACCUCAACCUGACAGACAAUUCCUACACUUUAGGAGGAGGAGGAGGAGGAGGAGGAGGAGGAGGAGCCUCCUUCGACAUCUCUCCUCUGUCCUCACCGGACAAAGACCUUAGUGAUCAUGCGAUGGAUUUUGAUGAAAAUGACGACUCCCUGUUCUCCUCCUCCUACGCUGACUCUCUGCCGCUGCCUUCCUCCACCUCUCUGGACCCCCUACCUGACGAUGCCCUGCUGAGGGUCAAGCCGGUCCACACCUACUCGCGAAACAACAUCCAGAACCACACCCCCUCCAGACCUCCACCUGGACCCUCCUCCUGUGAGGCGUCCACCUCCUCUGUCUUUCCUUCAGUGUCUGAUGCAGACUCUGCCUUGUCCUCUGCUGCGCCUCCCCCGUCACAGUCCCCCAUAAGCUCCAACAUGACCGUCUCCUCCGUCCCUCCUCCCCCUUCUGCCUCCUCCUCUAAAUCCGAUGCAGCCAACGACUCUACCUCUCACCCUGCUCCCUCCACCUCCUCCGUUCCGCCUGCUCCUGCUGCUUCUCCUGCUCCUCCUGCUCCCUCUGUUCCUGUAUCCUCCUCCUGUGCUGCUCCUACUGUGACCUCUGCUCCUUCUUCUAGCUCUCGUCAGCCUCCCCCCUCCUCCUCCUCGGUCCUCCCACCCAGCCGUCCCUCCGCCUCAGGCUCAGAGCCCUCGGACCCCCUCCCAGCCGGAGCGUCGUCCCGCAGGGCUCGGGAUCAGGUGGCCCAGGUGGCCUGUCAGAGUCUGGCGCAGCAGCGGGCCAGCAGGAUGCUCCUGACCUCCGUGUCUCGGUCUCUGGAGAUGUUGGCUCAGUCUGUCCAGCUGCUGGUGGAGACCCAGCAGGAGUUUGUGCAGGAGUCUCUGCUGCUGCAGAGGGAGACGGUGGACAUCCUGAGGGACUUCUCCAACACAGCACUGACCAUGCUGAGAGACAAAGCCAACAGUGGACAGCUGGCUACUCACCAUCAUCAUCAUCAGCCUGCUUCACGCUUCUGAAGACAGAGAUGAACUGGUUUGAAAAGAGACCAAAGGUUGCUGGGACAGAAACAGGAACACUGUGUCAGUGACAGGAAAGGAAAAAGUGCUAAAGCAUCAUUAGCCUUAGUGUUAAGACUGUAGUGUUUUCUAAUUGUGUGGAUCUGCUUUGUUUUCUCUCUUUAUUCUCAUAUUUUAGUAUUAUUAGAUCCCCCUCUUUUAUGUCUUUUAUUUUGAACCCAGAUGAGUGGGGACAGAAACCAGAAUAAACAGUGAGUGACCAGUAAA